CUUGGAACCUCAGCCAUGCACAAGCAUAGUCGCCUUGCAGUGUUCCGAAGGACCCUUCUUAACUUCAACAUGGCGGCGUUCGUGCGGGUCUGCGGUGUCCUCCGGCUCACAGUUGGAGGUGCAACAUCACUGCGUACCGCAGGGGCCGCUGUCCAGAUGUCUCACUUGGCAAGCCGAGCCUCAGCUGCCUCUCUGCAGAGACAACCCACAUUUCCUCUGAUCCCACCAACAACAUGGCAGCAAAGCAGAUCAAGUAGCUUCUUCAACAAGUUGACGGCAAAUGAGAUAUGGAAAGGUGUGCUGGCAGAUUCUGGUGCCGGAGGAAGGAAGGGCAGAGGGAAGCGAUCAAAACGCAGAUUGAAAGCAAACCUGAACAUAGGACAGAAUAUUGGAGAAGGUCGUGGAGGUUUUCUGUGGCCUGGUCUAAACAUGCCUGCCCAUAAGUCCGGUGAAGCACAGAAAAUUGGCAGAAGAAGUGAAGCUGAACAACAGGAAGCCCAAGCUAAACUCUUUCGUCAGAGGGAUGAGUUCAUGAAAAGGGGUAAAACGAGGUUCAAAAGAGAAAGAGGCUGGUCUGGGAACAAUUGGGGGGGCAUCAGCAUCGGCUCGCCUGACCCAGGACCCGAUGGAGAAACUUAUGAGGAUUUUGAUACUCGAAUCAUUGAGGUGAAGAGUGUAUUCAACAUGACUGCCAAAGAGGGCAGGAAGAGGUCCAUCAGCUGUUUGGUUGCUGUAGGAAAUGGCAAAGGAAGUGCAGGCUUUGCUUUGGGCAAAGCAGCAGACAGAACGACAGCUUUGAGAAAGGCCAAGAACCGAGCCAUCCACUAUUUGUACCACAUAAAACUUUACAACAACCACACAGUUUUUCAUGACUUCACCUCCAAGUUCAAGAGGACGACGCUGCGUGUUCAGAAACAAAACGAGGGUUAUGGUCUGCGCUGCCAUCGGGCGGUCAUCACUAUAUGCAAGCUGAUCGGCAUAAAGGACAUGUACUGCAAACUGGAGGGGUCGUCCAAUCUCCUCAACCUCACUCGGGCCCUCUUCGCUGGAUUAAGCCGUCAGGAAACGUUUCAGGCGCUGGCUGACAGGAAGCAGCUUCACGUCGUGGAGUUCCAGCCGCACAGAGGCCUGCUGCCCAUUGUGGUGGCGAGUCCCAAAGGCAAUGUGCGUCUCAACCCGGAGCCUGAGGACGAGGUCCCCAACAUCAAGCUGCAAUGGAAGGAUGUUCAAGCCAGGGAGGGAAAGAGGACCUCAUUAUGGGGAAGUGUCAAACGCAGCGCCGUGUAAAUCAGAGAGACGUGCUGAAGACUGUCUGACGUCUGAGCUGUUUGAGACCAGGAAUCAAAAACUCAAAGUACAUAUUAAAUCAUGUUCUCAUUGCAUGUGUCAGAACAGUGUAUUAAUUGUGAACUAAAGUUUAAAAAAAUAAUUCUCAGUAUAACUUUGUUUAAUAUUACAACAGGAGAAAUCUAAAGUUCACUGAAAUAAAAACUUUUUUUCCUGGUCAA